AUGACCUUCCUGGAGAGCCACGGCAAGAACAUCCAGCUGUCCAACGGCAACCUGACGGCCACGCGCGUCGCCAGCUACAACCAGGGCAUCGUGGUGGUGGGACAGCCGCUGCCGCCGGGACACCUCUUCCAGGUACACCUGGACGCGCUGAACCCGCAGUGGAGCUCCUCGCUGGCGCUGGGCGUCACCGGGGCGCCCCCCGAGCGCCUGUCCUUCCCGGCCACCGCCGCCGCCAUCAAGCGCUCGGCCUGGCUGCUGCAGCGCCGCGGCGUCUUCCACAACGGCGCCAAG